AUGAAUUACCUCACGGUUUCACCUCAUCCAACAUAUACUUCUGAGCCGCAGGGAAGAGCAGUCGACCUCGACCAUGUCCCGACCUCAUACUAUGGAGCUACCCCAGUCCCAGCUUCGGAGCACAGCGGUGGGCAAAUGCUGUCUCAUGGGAAUCAUCCGGACCUCAGUGCAUGGCAGAUACAACCCCAGGCCAACGACGGAGUUGCGCAUUCUUUCCAUCAUCCACCAGCCACCUACUGGCCCCCGAACACUCACACUGCUCAGGCUCCGAUACCGAGGCAGUACUCGCACACUCUGCAAAGCGUUAACGCGGGAACACCGGGUCCAGCGUUCUACCAAGAGAUGAGGUCUACGGUAAUGCCUACAUCCACCAGCCCGACUCAGGGCCAGGUUAGUGCUCCGUAUGGUGGGUACUACUAUGGACAGGUCGACUCGGCUGCGUCUGCAGCCACUCAGAUGUCUUCCGCAGCAACGUGGUCUCAACUCUCCGGCGAGACUGCGCACUCCACCUAUCAUCGUACUCAAGGUAUAGCAAUGGAUACGAGCACCGCUUAUCCCUAUGGCCAGAGCUUCACGCCUAGUGCCCAAGCGGCGGCAGCGGCCACCUAUGCAGCCCCGUCUGACACGGCUUCGUCCCAUGUGUAUUGGGCUCAGCCAUCCGGCGUGACCGACGACACUCGUGGGCCAGCGCUCGCGAGCUCAGCCCAACCUCAGAACGGCGGACUCUCUUUGUCCAUCCCAACCCAUGACUAUGUCGAGCCUCAGGGUGUGUCCGAGGCCAGGCAAUUGUACGCUGCCCCAAUUCUGCCCGUCGUUUUCCACAGCUAUCAUGACGGCCCACGCAUGUCGAUCACUGUUGAGUUGUACCCACGCAGCGAGAUGCCAGUCGCUUCCUCAAAUUUCCAUGGCUUGUGUUGA